AUGACGCACCACUCCGCACCAGAAUCGGAUCACGACGAUGCCAAAGACCGUGAGUAUUGCAUUGUCAGCUUUCCGAUCCUCUCGCACUCGCUCCAAAACAUCAAGGAACUGUCGGAUCGUAUUCUAGGGGCCGUCGAUGGUAAAUACAAGUACGACGGCGUGGUGAUUACGAGCAAACGGGCUGUCCAGGCAUGGGUCGAAGCGUGCAAAACCGUCGCAGGGAUAAUGCAGAAGCGCCCUGUACUCGACCCACCGUGUGAGCGGAUCUGGGCCGAGGUACCUUUUUACGUCGUGGGGCCGGCAACGGCCAAGAGUCUCUCGUCUUCGCCCCUCGCCCCGAUGCUACAGCCGAGCGAAAUUGUAGGCGCGACAGAUACGGGCACGGGCGAGGCGCUGGCACGCAUCAUGGCGCAGCGGUUUGCAGAGAAGCCAACGCAAACGCAGCGUCUCUUGUACCUCGUGGGAAACAGACAUUCGCUCACGCUGCAAGAGACGCUCACCGAGCUCAAGGCCCCGGUCGAGCUGGACGAACUCUGUGUGUACUCCACCGAAAAAGAUGCCAAGUUUGAGUCGCACUGCCGGAUGCUUGCGCAAGAGCUUCCCCGCCAGAUUCCCACACCCGGCACGCGCAGCCCGGUGACUUUAAAGCACCGGGGACUCGCCUUGACCGGCUUGGAUACCGACGACCCCGCACGGGUGGCCAAGCUCUUGGAAAAAAAGACGGAGUCGCUGGGCGAGCCGGUGAAUUUGCUGAGCCCGACCGGGCAAGCGCCCAGCUGGAUCGUCUUCUUUUCGCCGUCGGGCGGCGAUCAUGCCUUGCCCGAGCUGCGUACGCGCGGCUGGGUGCCGCAGCCCGACGAGGGAGCGAGUAGUGGCAAGCCGAUGCCCAAAAUCGCAUGCAUCGGCCCUACGACCUCGGAGUGGGUGCGCGAGCGACUCGGGUGUGCGCCAGACGCUGUUGCACAGCGCCCGACGCCUGCCUCCUUGCGAGAGGCCAUUGUAUGUGCAGAAUAUGGUGUGUAG